GUUUGCAUAGAAAGUCCUAAUCUGAACACCCACGAGGGUCCAGAGACGGAGUCCGAUAAUAUGCAUGGGUACACUUGUGGCAGAGGAAGGGACAAUCAAGUAAUAUGCGCAAGUAUGCUGGUCUCGAGGCGCCAUUGCAUUUUUAUUGUACAUGCGGAUGGCUUGUAUGUACGUGAUUUGCAAAGCUCAAAUGGCGUUUAUGUGAACGGCAAUCGAAUAUUAAGAGACACAAAAAUAAAUGAGCACGACGUUAUAGGAAUCGGUGUUCCCGACGUGAACCCACAGGCACAGGAUUGCUUCGCCUACACUCUAACUGUGGGUAACGAUGAGGAUCUCAGGCGACUUUCAGACGACGCAGUGGUGCCAAACAUUCCAAUCAAAGUGGAAAGCGACAGCGAAGCCGAUCUUGAAAUGCAGAAUCAGCAGAUUGGCGGUUCAUUUAAACGACCAGCCGAACUGAGUAACAGCAUUCCAUCGAAGAAGCUAAAGCUCGGGGCCAAUAAUCCGUACCCGAAUCCCAUUGGACGUGAUUUAAAUCGCACUAAUGGUUUGGAUCCAGUUCCAAGCACAAGUUUUGGUGAUGAUCUUAUGUUAAGUCCAAGCUGUGAUGCAGAUCCGAUACCAAGGAUAAGAUUAUGUACAGAUCCGGCAUCAAACAAAAAUUUCGCGAUCGUUCCAUCUAUCAAUGUCAAUUCGGUAAAGCCAGAUCCGGACAACGAUGAAAUUCAGAUUAUAGGAAUCUGUUCCCUUGCUGAGAAAAAUUGCUCAGACGCGACAGAAGAAAACUGGUCCGCAACUCACUGUAAUGGAGAGUCAAACAGAAAUUUGCCAAAAACUCAAAUUGCGAAAAUGUUUAAAAAAUCGGAUGAAAAGAGUACAGAGACUGUAAGCAAAUCUAAUGAAAGUCAGAAAGAAAUAAAACAAGCAUACGAAAGUCAAAUUAAACCUUGUAAAAUUAUGAUUACAAGUAUACAAUCCAUCCUACUGAACAGUUCGUUAGACAGAAGUCUACAAAGUAUUAGAGGGAAUAAUCUGGUCAACAAAAACCGUUUACAAAACAAAGAGACUGAAACAAGUAGUCGCAGAUCUUCUGAUCCAAAAGACACUCUCAGUUCCAAUUCUAGAAAGGAAGCCGAUUCGAACUACACAGAUCCAAAACUAAAUCAUUCAAUUCAACCAAUUGUUCAGCCUGAACCAAAAAAUAAGAACUUGUGUGAGCCAGGACCAGCAAUAGAACAAUCAAAUAAGGAAAACAUGCACUAUGGACAAGUGCCAAAUGGUCAUAUUUCUGCCAUAAGUAAUGUAAAAAUCAAAGAAGAACCUUUGAAUAAGGGUACCGAUAGUAUUAAUGUCUCCAAAUGUGAUAAAUUCGUGACCAAAGAAUCUUUUAGCAAAGUUCGACGAUCGAAGAAAACGAAGGAGCCUACGGAAACGAACUAUGAGUCCGAUGAGGACCUGUUCGUCGUAGCUGAAGUCAAAAACAGUGAGAGUUCCAAUUACAAGGAGAAUCCGACUGAACCUGCUUCUCCCGCAUCUUCCUUAAACUUAAUGUGUAUUAAAGAAGAACCUAAGACUGAUUCAUUAAGUCAUCUGGAAGAUCAAAAGACUUCCACAUCUUUUCCAAUAAAGUUAAAGCCGGUGAAAGAAGAGCCAAAGUUCAAUUAUUCCGAAGUCGACAUCGUUUGCCUGAGCUCGGACGAUGAAGAUGCGGACUGUUUUCCUUGUUCCCAACUCUUUGAUUCAGUAGAGAAAGAACAGAUUGUUAAAGAAAAAACAACCAAUGAAGGUGAAAAUGAAGUACCCGAGACUCGUGAGGAAGAUGACGUGAUUCUGCUUUCAGACAGUGAUGAUGAUCAUGAGAGCACAUGGUUUCAUAGACUUUUCAACAGCCAGGUUUAUAAACCGAGUCAAGAUUUCUGUGUGAAAACUGAACCUAGGAAAGCCGAAGAAACAUAUGAGGCUGAUGAAUUCGGUAUCGAUGCACUUUUUGGAAUAGAAGAAGAUGGAGAUGACCACCCUGAGCUUGACACUUUGUGGAAGGAUAAACUUCCUGAGACCGAACAACCGGAUGACGAUGUGUGGAACGAAAACAUUCAAUCUCAAGAGACUGCUGCCGAAGAAGCGAGAUUAUUCGAGAAACGUUCUUCAUCAAAAGUCGCAGUUGAAACGGAAAAGAAGAUUUUCAAAUCAAUUGUUGACAAACCACAGGAAUAUGCAAAAGCUAGUCGCACUGAAUCAGAACUAAAAACAAUUAAAUCGUCAAAGAAGUUAAGAAAAAUGGAUGUUGUUUACACUGAGAAAAAAGAGGAUACUUACUUGGAAGACAUAUCCUCUGAAGAGGAUAUCAUUUCACGCGAAUCGAGUGCCAUACAAUCAGAGAAGCUUCAGCAGAGUAUCAAAAACUUUAAAGACUCCUGCGCAAGGCGAGAAAGUUCAAACGCUGCACGUAGAAAAAAAGAAUUAUCAGAAAACAAAAAAGAUUCAGAAAGUUCACGAAAAUCUAAGAAACUCUUUGAAAACGAGAAGGAGCGCCGAAGAGACUCAAGAGAUGUGCGAGAAAGGCCAAGGCAAUUAGAGAACGACAGAGAAAUUAGAGUAGCCGAUGGAAAUAAAGAAACAUUAAAGACUUCUGAGAAAAUCGAUGGCGAAAGGCGAAGAGGUGCUGAUGAAAAUCGAGAAGCACGAAAAGUUCAUGGAGAGGUUAAAGAACGACAAAGAAAUUCGUUUGAUCGAGAAAGGAGAAGAGAUUCUGUCGACAAUCGACAAGGGCGAAGACCUUGCGAUGAGUCCAGAGAGAAGAAAAAGAACGAAGCCAAUCGGGAGAAGAAAAAAGAAGAAACGAGUAGAGAAUACAAACGAGAUAAUGAAAAAAGUCGUGGGAAGAAAACUGAUCACGAGGUUAGCCGAGAUAAAAAUAAGGAAAAUGAAGAAAAGCGAUCGAGGAGAAAGCAGGAUGAGGAGAACCAGAAAAGAAAGGACCUCGAAAUGAAACAAAAAAGAAAGGAGGAUGAAAUGAAUCAAGAAAGGAAAAAACUCUGUCAAGGUGAUCAGAAGAAAUCUUCUGAAUUUGAAAGGAAGAACAUUUCUGAGGACGAAACUUUUGAGAACGGUUCGCACAGGACGAAAAUCGACAGCGUUGACUUACAAAGGAGAAGAAGUAGCGAUGAAGCAAGCAAAAGACUAUUUGAUUACGGUCCAUCGAAGCCUAAGAACAUGACGGAUGAGGUGCAGAAACUCGAUAAAACCUUCGGGAAUAUUACGCGAACAAAAUCAUUAAGUUUAGGUAAGACUAGGGAAGAAGCUUCAAUUAAGCGGAAGGAACCCGAUCUUUCGAUAAACACCAGUGAAGCCAGUUUAAAGAAACAAAAAUGUUUUGACAUGGAAUUGCAACACAUCGAAGCAGAAGCAACAGCUUUAGCAAUACAAAACAAAAUUCCGCAAAGAAAAAGACCACCAGUCAUAGCUCCUCAUCACAUGCCGACAGGUAGGAGGCGAGGCCAUAUAAAUUUAUCUUCUUCAAAAAACAACGAUUACGUGGAAGCUGAUUCUUCGAAAGGAGAUUUCCAGAAUGAAGCUCAAAAGGUCGAACCAAAAAAUAAUCUUUCACCCGAAAGAAUUUCUGCAAAAAGUCGCAGAUCAAGAAAUAAGCGACAUCAACCAGCACCUUCUUCAAGGGAAGAAAGAGAGCGAAAGGCUAUGGAAAGAAAAGAGAAAUUAAAACAAGUCGAAUUGGACAAGAAGGCAAAUCUUGAAGAGGCCCCUCUUCCGGUUCGUCCUAGAGCGGCCGCAAAAGCUAAAGUAACUGCAAAAACUCGCCAGGAUCUGCUUAUUGAACAACAGGUGCAGCCGAUUGCUCAUUGUUCGAAAUCGAACCCUGAAGUGGAAAAUCUGAGGGUUUCUUUCAAUAAGAUAGAUGAUAUUUGUCAGAAAAAAUAUGAAUCUCAUCACCACCUGGAAAGAAGGCCUAAUACGGAAAAAGAAGCAAAAGAGAACAAAGAGAAUCUUCAAGAGUUACCUUUUGCAAAUUUUGAACAAAUUUCUCCCGGAGAUUUGAUUGAAUUUGAUCAAGAGAUUAUUAAAGAAUAUGAUGAUUCAAAACUCACGGAUGCUACGAAUAACAUAAAUGUUAGAUAUAAUGAUGUUGGUCUGAAUAUUAUUAAUGGUAAUCAAAUAACUUUCAGAAAAAGUUGCCUGGCUCCAAUUUCUAUUAAUGGUACUAAAAAGAAAAAUGAAAGAAAAGUACGUUUUGAUGAUAAUUUAAAUACUACUCGUAUAUAUGAAAUCGAAGCUAAACAUUCUCUGAAUAGAGUUGUUGGAAAAGAUGCUCCAAUAAACCGAAACAAGCCUCCAUGUCAAUAUAAGCUGGACGAAUAUUUGUCACGCAUUUUCGACUGGAACCCAGCGUGGCUUGAGGAACAAAAGACGCUAACGCACGAGCCACCUGUAUACAAGAGAGACAUGUUACGUAUUAUGAAGAAUCGUUACAAUUCUUUUGAGGAAUAUUGUAACUACCUGCGGCCGCUUCUCCUCUUGGAGAUUUGGAAUACUCUUACUAAAGAAAGCGAGUGUGAUGAGAAAAAGUAUAAAUUCCGAAGUAUUUACUGUUCGGUCGUAAGAAAUUCCAUUGUAAUUGAUAAAAAUUCAGGAAGUACAUUCCGUACAUCUUUCUUAAUGGAGAUCUUAUUAUCUGCCGACGAUUUUAAAAAAGAUUUGUAUCCCGGUGCUGGACAUCUAAUUAUCUUUGAGUACAGUACUAUCCAUGAAGACAGAAAUAAUGGAGGUCAUGUAAAAAAAUUUCAUAAGGUCUUUGCAUACGUCAAAAGCAAGAGUCAUACGACAAUAAGACCUAAUACACAUUACAACAGAGAUCUGAAAAGGAGCCAACCGAAUGGCGAAAUACUUGUAACCUUAAACGUAGUGACGAAAGAGGUUCCGAUUACAACUGAUCAGGUUUUCAGGAUGCGUGGCGUAAUGUACUUGAAAGCAGGUAUGCGGGAGAUUCAAGCUCUCCAAAACUUACCAGCCUCGCCUGUAUGCCCGUUAAUUUUAAAUCCACUGAUUGAUGAUUAUCAGCUUCCUGAAAUGUAUGAAACAGAAAGAAAUCCAUUAGCAACGAAGGACGAAUUGAAUAAAAAACAAAUUGAAGCUGUGAUGAGGAUUUCUGAAGCUGCUCUCUCAGAUAAGCCAAAAAUUAGCCUUAUUCAUGGUCCCCCAGGAACGGGAAAAUCUAAAGUCAUCGUGAAUAUUGUGGCACAAAUUUUAUUGAAAGGUCCCGGCACAAAAAUGUUACUUUGUGCUCCCUCAAAUGCAGCAAUAGACGAAAUAGUAUUACGACUUCUCGGUAUCAGAUCGUCGCUUAAUUUAAAGAACCUCAAAAUGGUUCGUGUUGGUCGUCCAGAAACUAUGAAUCCUAAAGUGAAGAACGUUUCUUUAGCCGAGUUGGGUAGGAAACAAGUCGAAAAAGACAACACACCCCCAGACGAAAAUGAACGGAUAAAAAACGAAAACAACAUGACUAAAUUGGAAACCUAUAUAAGCAUGAUUGACAAAAGGAUCGAUCUUCUGCGUAAGGGUGGCCACAGCAUCAGUCAUUUGACGAAGCAACGUCAGGAUUUUCAUGCAGAAUACAAAGCACUCAAAAACAAGAAUAACCCCGUGGAUAUAAAAAAACUUAGCCCUGCUGAAGUAAGUAGACUUCGACGAGAUGCGGAAGAACUGUUGCUUUCAAAAGCGACUGUGAUUGCGUGCACUUUAUCUUCCUGUUAUUCCGGCAUGAUGGAAAAACUAUUUGGCGAGAAAAGUCAGCAAAAAAUUGAAAUUUGCAUUGUCGAUGAAGCGACGCAGAGUUGCGAGACUGAGAGUUUGAUUCCUCUGAUGUUGGGAGUGAAAAAGAUGAUUUUGGUUGGGGAUACGAAUCAACUUCCGGCAACGAUUCUUUCUAAAACGGCGAAAGAAAACGGAUUGGACCAAUCUUUGUUCUCUAGGCUGGAGAAGACUUUUUCGGAUCAAGCUGAAAAUCCGAUAAUCAUGUUAGACACUCAAUAUCGUAUGGAUUAUCCUAUAUCAUCCUGGCCGAAUUCCUAUUUCUACAAAGGGAAAUUGAAAGAUCAGGCAGUCAUAAAAUAUAUUCCUUAUAAUUCGUAUCGGGUAUUAAAUCUGAAUUCAAUUCAAGAUGAGAGCAAAUUCUCAAACACAAAUGAAGCUGAAUUCGUCUCAAAAAUUGUUUACAUCAUGGUAACCUCUGUAGACUUAAAAUCCUUUAAGGAGCCGUUACAAAUUGGCGUUAUAACUCCUUACCAAAGUCAGCGAAACGUCAUCUAUUCGAGAAUUGUAAGACGGCUCGAUUCAGUCGCGGUAGAAAAAAAGAACAAAGUCGCGAUUGAAGUGAAUACCGUCGAUAGUUUUCAAGGUCAAGAACGCGACAUUAUAAUAAUGUCGUGUGUCAGAACGAAGGGAAUCGGAUUUAUGUCCGAUAAGCAAAGACUCUGUGUCGCUUUGACCCGAGCUAAGUCAAGUCUCAUAUUAUGUGGCAACUUUAAAACAUUUGAGAGAGAUGAAAUGUGGAACGAGUUGCUGACAGACGCAAAGGCAAGAGAUAUUUUUAUUGACGUUGAGGCCAAUGCCAGUCUGGACGAAAUUAAGAGCCACAUUUUAAGAUGAAGCCUGGGCUGUUUGGGAUUUCGCGCAGCACAUUCAGAAGUUUUGUAGACUGGGUGAAACUGAACAAACGCUUCAUCAUGACAUUAAUUAUUUUUUUGAAAAGAUAUACAGUAGCUUUAUAAUCUUGAGAUAUGUUAAUAAUAAACAGAUCCAUUUAACUCUCCAAUCGUGCAAACAUAAGCUUGUAAAUAUAUGAGAAAAGUAAAUUAAUUUAGUCUUACGUUAAGUGUAAUUUAUAAAUAGUUGUUAUUUCGUAUUGCUCAAAGGGCAAUGAAAACGUUUUGAUUCGUGUAUUUUUAUACCAGCGUGGUACUUAAUUAGGAACAAUCUUCAAAUUUCCAAGAGAAAUGGGGGAGCAUCUCUAGUUGGAGAGUUAAAGAAGGAUCUAUUUUUUUUAAAUUC